GGAUUGUUCAGGUCGAAAUUUCAAGGCUGGGAUGAUAUUGUGCCUUUUGAUUUUACGCGAACUGCCGAAAGUGUGCAGAGGAGAGGAGCCGACUUGAAGGUACAAUUCAUCUCGUUUUCCCCUUCCCUUUUUGAAAAAAUAGCUAAGAUUUCCUCCAAAAAUCGUAGAAAAAAAAUUGACAUUCAGUGGGGGCGAGUUCUUUCGGUAAUAAUGGAGCGUGAUAAAAUCAAGACCGAUUUGGCUCCGCUGUUCCUGCCACGGCAGCCAGCGAUGAGUGAGGAGGAGGCGAAUCAGUUGAUGGAGGAAUGUAACGAAGAUCUGGAACUUCUCGAACCUUUUGUUCUGGAGGGAAAGAAAUUUGUGCGAUUGCCACAAGAAGAGCUGGGCACAUUUUACACAAUGGAUUGCUACGUGUUUCUUUGUCGUUAUGAAGUAAUACCGGAAGAUGAUGAGACCGAUUUGGAGGAGGAGGAGGAUGAGGAGGGGGAGGAAGAAUCCGAAGCAGAGAUUGAGAGAAGUAACGCCGGCGAUUCCAUACAAUUGCACAGACGCAAGGAGCCAGAAGAAGUGCAAGAAGAUUUCAAGUGUGUUGUAUAUUUCUGGCAAGGCCGCGAUGCAAACAACAUGGGCUGGCUUCAUUUCACAUUCAGUCAUUGGCCGGAACUUUUUUUGAUGCGAGCAAACGGGUCAGCAGUUUGUACGCGGACAGUUCAAAUUGAUUGUCGAGCGAAUCAACUCAAUUCGGCGUUCUGCUUCAUUCUUCGCGCUCCGUACAGAGUGGUUGAUGAGGAUGGACUGAAAGGAAAGGUGGCCAGUGAAUUGAUCAAUCGGAACAAUGAAUUUCCUGUGGAAACUAUCAAAGAAGGCGAGGAACCGGAAAAAUUCUGGGAAUGUUUGGGAGGCAAAAAGAAAUAUGACGUAAAUGGUGAUUUCAUGCAAUUUACCAGGCUUUUCCGAUGCACAAACGAGAAAGGAUACUUUGCAGUUUCCGAAAAGACUGUUGAUUUUUGUCAAGAUGAUCUUGACGAUGAUGAUAUAAUGAUUCUGGAUAAUGGUGACAUGGUCUUCCUGUGGAUGGGAUAUCAUGCGAGCGAAGUUGAGUUAAAAUUAGCUUACAAAGCAGCUCAGGUAUGUACUUUUUUGUAG